GGAAUGACAGUUAUAUACGAGUGUAUAUAUAACAAUAACAUAAAGGAAUUUAAACAUUUCAAAAUCUCGAAAAAAAAUUAUUUAAACAGAAUAAUCUACCCAAUUCGUGGCAUCACAGUUGAAAUCUAACUUGCCCUUUCAUUUGCUUAAGUCAGACCGCGCGAUGAGCUGCUCGCAAGAUUAUCUAAACAGCACACAGAAUCUGGUGCACCCAGACUGGGAAAUAGUGGAUCCUACACCGGACAUUCAUCGCCUGUUCCCCAUUUUCGACCGAAAGUUUUUCCAGAACCGAUUAGUGUGUGUACAACUGGAGUGGAGCAGAAAAAUGUACAGCUGUGCGGGCAUUUGCUAUCAACGGUCAAACCGAAUGGGAAAGAGCUGCAUUAUUCGGCUAAGCGAGCCGCUGCUCAAACUUCGGCCACGGAAGGAUUUAGUUGAGACACUGCUACACGAAAUGAUUCACGCGUACUGCUUUGUGCUAGGCAUUCGAGAAGGAAACGGUGGACAUGGUCCAAACUUCAAGAGAGUAAUGAACGGAAUAAACCGUGUUGCUGGGACUAACAUAACGGUUUAUCACACUUUUCAUGAUGAAGUUAAUUUAUAUAAAACGCACUGGUGGAAAUGCAACGGUGUGUGUAAAAAUCGACCACCACACUACGGAACGGUAAAACGGUCUGCCAAUCGAAAGCCAGGUCCCUCCGAUUUCUGGUGGGCCAAUCAUCAAGCGACUUGCGGAGGAGAGUUCAUAAAAAUUAAGGAACCGGAACCGAAACGGAAAAAAGCAGUUACCAAUAAAGAAAACAACCCUCUUUCAGGCAGUCCUAAAGGUAAAAAGGCCAAUACUAUUCCACCUCGGAACAAUAUCACAAAAUAUUUCGAUCUAACGGGAAAUACUGGCUCACCGCAACCGAAAAAACCCUACGGAGGAGUAUCGGCAAACAUCGGUGGUCGAACAAUUGUGAUACGUAAGUCUCCGGCUGUAACCAACAAAAAGCCACCACCAAAGAUCGAGGAACCCCCAUCUAGUAAACCUUCGGCUCCAGUUAUUCCUCCUGGUGGUAAUUUGAAGAACGUUAAACAAUACAAAGAUCUUUCUGGCAGCGAUUCGGAAGUGAAACCAAUCAAGAGACCGGUUCCACUCUUCUCAGGGGCUGGUCAAACACUUGGAGGAUCAAGCUCCACUCUUGAGUCAGGUGGCAGCAGAAAAAGUCGAUUAUUGGAUCAAUUUACACCACCAGACAAAAAGUUCAAAGAAAAUUUUCACCCUAUUAAACAAGAAGUAAUCGAUCUUUCAAAUGAUGAAGACUAUAUUUUUGAACAAAUCGACCUGGAUCAAAUUAAGCAGGAGCGACAGGAAACAAUUCGGAAGGAAAUUUUGGAAUCCUUUGCUAAUGAUGAUAUGGAGGAAAUUAUUCUUAUAGAUGACGAAUAUGAUGAUGAUGCUGCUGCCUCCGAUAUUGUCAAUCUAAACGAAUCGAUCGCAAACGUUUCUGUUAUCGAUGACCUGUUCAGCGAACAUGAUUCCUUGAUAGAAGAGUUCAAUCGAACCAACAGUGAGCUUAAGGUAGAAAAAACGGAAGACGAAAUAAUCGCUUGUCCAAUGUGUUCCAAAAAAAUGAAACGUGCGGGGUUAAGCUCACACUUGGAGACAUGUUUAGGUGUCGAGUCAGGAGAACACGCUUUCGAUCCUAAUCUGCCCUCCACUUCAAAAGCCCCCUGUGAUAAUAAUUCCCUGCUCAACCGAUCGUCAUCAUCGAAAUGCAACAGCGAACAGCGAAGGAUACUAGAGGAAUGUGGUUACAGCGAGAAAGACAUUCAGAAAGCUUUAGCGGCCAUGGAAGAAGAGGACAAGCGCGAUACCAAGACCACACCGCAGUCGGAUGAGAGUCAUUUACUGGAUGACAACAACGAGGUUGAUUUGAUUGCUGUAGGGGAAGAGUGUGAGUGUCCGGCUUGCUAUCGAAAAGUUUCCUUUGAUCAAAUCAAUGCGCAUCUGGACCAAUGUUUGGGCACGUGAUAAAUAUACUUUCGAAUGUUAUG